AUGGUUGACAUCACGUCCAGAGUCAGCCCUCGGCUGUCACGGACCCCUGAAUCCGCAGCUUCCUGUCGCACCUGCAGAAAUUGUCGCCGCCGCAAGGUCAAAUGCAAUGGACAGCAGCCGAAAUGCGGGACAUGCCAGUCGAGGGGCAUCGAUUGUGUUUAUCCACGGGAUGCACGGAGAACCGUUGUUCGUGCCAAACAGGCAGACGUGAGAUCCUUGCAGAGUAAGAUUGAGUCGUUGCAGGGGCGGCUGGAAGCGCUUACCCAGUCACCUUCCGUGGGCGAGAGUCAGGCACCGUUAUUACCUUCAAGGACGGUACCAGUAACACCGUCGCCGUCUGAAAUCCGGGGAAGAAAUAUCGACAAGGCCCACUCCCCCGAACCAGGCCUCGGAGAUGAUGGUCCCCAGGUGUAUGGCGCGACGAGUCUGCUUCACGACCAGUCUUCAGACACCCCUCUGGCAAAUCAGAAAAUCGGAGACGUGGAGACUGGACUUCUGUCGGACGAGACGAUCAAAGAUAAGCUGAUUUCAAACGCAGCUAUACGCCGGCAGGAAGAGCUAUCCCUGUCGUCCACACCGAGCAUUGCAGCAAAUAUAGACUUCGAUGGCGUCCCUAUGGAUUUGGCAAUGCAUCUCCUUGACCUGCAUUGGAACCGCCAGCAUCUAUCGUAUCUGCUCACAUACCGACCGGCCAUUAUGGACAGUCUGAUACGAAAUGGCCCCUAUGUCAAUAAACUGCUCCUAAAUGCCAUAUUCCUGCAAAGUAGCAUGUAUAGCGACCGAGUAUCACCUUUCUUUGGCCAUCAACAAUCGAACGCCAAAGGGCUGAUCUUCUACGACCGCUUCAAGGCCUUGUUGCCGAAUUACAUUGACAAGCCUACCAUUGCAACCGUGGUGGCUUUGCUGACUGCGGCAGCAUGUCUGAUUCCGUAUGGCUACCAAAGCGCCGGAUGGGCACUGUCUGGUAUAGGGUACCAGAUGGUAAUUGACCUUGGGUGCCACCUGGACAGUCCUGCCUCCUCAAAGGCAAACUCGAUCGAGCAAGAGAUGAAGAAAAGAGUUUAUUGGGCUGCAUUCGUUGGUGAUAAACUACAGUCUCUGUUUCUUGGUCGUCCUAUCGCGAUGCACGCCACAACAGGGAAUGUAACACAGGUCUAUCUCGACACCUUUGAGGAAAUGGAAGAGUGGACGCCAUACAUUGACCCUGUCGCUUACGUUGAUACUCGAAUUCCGGUGUAUCGUGGUCGACCAUCUCGUGCCAUCAGCACAUUCCAAGCCUUUGUUCAACUCUGUGAAAUCGCAGGCCAUAUCAUAGAGUCUUUCUAUUCAGUCAGCAGUCGAGCAAAGUCUGAGUCCACACUCCUGCAAAUCAAACAUGAUGUUACAAUGCAGCUGACUAUCUGGUGGGAGAAACUUCCCUCCUGGCUGCGAUUCGAUCCCGGUGUCGACAGCACACCUCCGCCGCACCAGAUCACCCCACACGCCCUCUAUUGGACCCUGGUGAUUCUCACCGAGCAGGCAUUUCUCAGUCGUGGCUGCUUUGACUUCAUUCUAAGUCCAGACUCUGCAGAAGUCUCUCGACAGCGAUGCAUCCAGGCAGCGCUCAGUAUUUGGAAACUAGUCGAGGCAUACAAACAGGCAUUCACUCUCAGGCGGGCUCAAUACGGCAUAUCGUACGCCACAUACUGCGCGGUCCAGGUUAUGCUUCAACAUACCCAUCAUGACAAUCACGAGUAUGUUGGGUGCAUUCGAUUCUUCUGGUCUGCACUCUGGGAGUAUCAGAGAGGGUGCUGCUAUGGAUUAACGCGGCCGCUGAAGCUAUUGAGGUCCCUGAUGCGACGUCUUGAAAGCGUGCCAGAUUAUGUUGAAGCAGACGGCCCGGUUGGUAACUGGCCUGCGCCAGCCGAAGCUGGACAGCCACCCCUGAAUCCUGAAGUCAACCUGGGGUUCGAAUUGGAGCCCUGGGAUGUUUCUUUGUUAAGCGGUAUCCCCGACGAAUUGUUGGUUGACGACACGAUAUUUGGAAUAUUUGGUGGAUAG